AGCUGUUAUCACCAAAAUUUCAAACAAUAAUUUUCCAUUGCAAAAUUUGCUAAAAAUCAUAUUUGUAUGAAAUAUUAACACAAACCAUGUUUUUUUAUCGCUUCCUUUUAUAAAUAUUUACAUCAUUUAAGUAUACAGUGAUUCUUACCUAUGAUAACGAGCUUCUUAUACAUGGGGUAUAGGUUAUGCAGCGCAAAAUGUUUGGUGCUCGGUCUGAGCCUAACUUUUAUCAUGGGCUGUUAUCUAGCAUCAGUAUCAAUACCUUCAGAACAGAAGAUGUUACCUGAUGCUGUGAAACCUAAAAUAUCUCACUCUACAGCCAACAAAAAAACCUUAGCAAUACUCGUACCGUUCAGAGAUCGAUUCGAAGAGCUCCUGGAGUUUGUACCGCACAUGUACAAGUUCCUGGACGCCCAAAAUGUACCGUUCCACAUAUUUGUCAUUCAGCAGAAGGACAACAACCGAUUCAACCGGGCUUCCUUAAUAAACGUUGGGUUUUUAUACACGAAAAACGUUUACGACUACAUAGCAAUGCAUGAUGUUGAUUUGCUGCCUUUAAACCCAGAUUUAAAGUACGAUUACCCGGCUUACGGGCCACUGCACAUAUCAUCACCGAAAACUCAUCCCAAGUACCACUAUUCAACAUUUAUUGGUGGUAUUCUUCUGGUGAAGAAGGAGCACUAUGAGCUAGUUAAUGGAAUGUCAAAUAAGUACUGGGGCUGGGGGCUGGAAGAUGAUGAAUUCUACGUGAGACUGAAAGAAGCUGGCCUGAAGGUGACAGUACCGGCUAAUGUUACUACAGGACCAGAUGAUACAUUUUUACAUAUCCAUGACAAGACCUAUCGCAGACGGGACGGGCGGAAAUGCUACAACCAGCGGGAAGUCACUCGUAAAAGAGACAGAGAGACGGGACUCCACAAUGUAGCGUACAGGACGCACAGUGUCCACAACCUUACCAUAGACAGCUUGCCAGUGACGGUUCUGAGUGUAGAACUAAUUUGUGACAAGAAUGUGACGCCGUGGUGUCAAUGCCCCGAGCCUGUAAAGCCAAAGAAAACUAGAUAGGACUAGACUAGAAAAGCCCUAGAUUGGUAAGUCACAUUCACAUAGUUACUUUAAAACUCACGCCUAGUACUACUGUACUGAAUUCAAAGAUUGCAGUAGGUUUUUUUACAAUACUCAUCAAUACUCUAUUGUUUAUUAUUUUUCAGUAUGCCAAUAUUACUUGAUUGGAUUUGUUUCUCUUAUGUAUGUAUUUGCCUCGAAGUAGGUUGUAGUAGUAUGGCACAUUUAUCCUUUUUUUGCAAGUUCCCUCACAUAACACAGUUAACUCCAUAAAUAUCUAAUACACCUCUAAAAUUCCUUAAAUUUCCUUUCUUUUUUACUUUACAUGUGAUUUCUUGGAGUUGACUUCACUUUACAUAAACUUCAAGCCAAAUAGUAUAAGUAUAAUAAUUAAUUCUUUUUAAUUGAUACCAUUCGGAAAGACUGUAUCAUUUCAUUCAUUAUAAUUAUUUUCUAAUACGAGUCCACUAAUACCUAAUUGUAGUAUUGUUAUAUUUUGUAUCACAUAAGUAAAUUAUUGUACAUAAGAAAUUUAAGUCACAAAUUAUGCAUUUUAUAUUCAUUUAAAUAGGUAGGUAUAGCUUUUAAACUAAAAUCACUUAUAGUUCUUUUUUAUAAGUUUAUGUAUAACAUGGUGUAGGGGGUAUUAGGAAUGAAAACGACAAUAAUUAACAUAAAAUAUUAUUUAUUUCGAUUUGUGGUUUUUAAGCGCGUGAGCUACAGUUGUAAGUAAUAACAUUUUAUAUACAAGUUUAUAUUGAUUAAAUAUAAAUCAAUUAAAUGAAACACUAUUCUAAUUCUAGGAUAUAAUUCAAAUCAUACCUAAAUAUUACUGGUUUUCCGGAUAUUUAUUAUUAAUUUUAAAUCAAAUAAUUGAUCAUUAAUUAAUGAUAUUACUCAUAUCAUAACAUUAAAAAACAUUGCAACCAUUUAAUUCAAUUUGCAUAUAUAAACUAUAUAUAUUUGUACAUAAAGUAAUAAACAAUUGAACCAUUUGUAUUUUCAUCUUUUAUUGCACGUGCAUCAAGCUAUGUUUAACAUAAUAUUUACUUUUUAAGUAACUUUUAUGUGAAAUAAAUAAAAUAAACAGGAACUUACUGGUAUUUACGAACUAAGACCAGGAAAAAAUUAUAUAAUAUUUGUGACUCAAAGUAAUCCAUAUAUUUUACAACAAGGUGGCCUUAAUCGCUAAAUAAUUCAGUCAAACUGCUGAUUUAAUUUACUGGGAUUUUCUAUGGCUCACCAUCAUAAGUAGAACCGAGUUGGUCGUUUGUUACUAAAAAAAAUACUAUACAGCAUGUGCUGUAUUAUUAAAUUAUUAUAUUCCAGCUUAUUCUAGUCCACUACUGGACCUAGGCCUGCUCCUAGUGCUCUUAAUAUUAACAGCAUGUUUCACAAUGCCAGGAUAAAGAUCAUCAAUCUAUUUUUCACUUUUAAGGAGCACACAAUGUUGAUAUUUUUUUCACGGUUGUGCUUGUGAUUUACAUACAUUUACAACCUGAUUGGUCCAUCGACAUCGGCCAAAGUGUAUUUGUUUCAGAGGGCCAAGUGUUGGUUUUCUUGACCGAUGGAGAUGUGAAAAUGGACUCAAAUUUGUAUGGCGCGGAGCUAGCGCAGCGCGAGUACCGCUAGAUGGCGACUCUGCCGCGCCAUACAAAUUUGUAAAAACUCGCAUUUUCUUCAUUAUCAUGAAUAUUGUAAAUAACUUUUAAACUUAUGCACAUUGUUAAAUUUAAACACUUCAUUUACCGUUUGUGCAUUUUAGUUAUGAGUUUACAACAAUGUGUAAGUUAAAUUACAUUUUUGUUUAUGUAUAC